AUGUGUUCUCUGAAGGACUCGGCUUUAUCAAGCCUUCACCCUGAAUGUGAGUACAUAUUUCAGCUGGAGAAAGAGGAGCUUCACUGCCUUCAGUAUAUUGCAGCGCAGGAUAACAGAAGCCAGGAAGGUUGUCGGCCAUUCUGGGAUGCUGUCGUCUGCUGGCCUCAUGCAGUUAUUGGAGAUACAGUCCACCGAGGGUGUCCUGCAGUCUUCUCCCUCUUUAGGAACAACACAGGUUCAGUGAGCCGUAACUGCACCAGUGGAGGUUGGUCCAUGCCCUUCCCACCGUACCACAUCGCCUGCAGUGUGGAUGAUGACAUUCCUGAGACAGAAGAAUCGUACUUUGCCACUGUGAAGCUGAUUUACACUAUCGGCUACAGCAUUUCAUUAGUGGUGCUGGCUGUUGCUGUGUUAAUCCUGCUGCUCUUGAGGAGGCUGCGUUGUGCCCGGAACUUCAUUCACAUCCAGCUUUUCAUUACAUUUAUCUUGAAAUCUGUGUCGGUGUUCAUAAAAGAUGCUUCUCUGUUCUCAAGUGAUGACACCAACCACUGCACCCUCUCCACUUUCACCUGUAAGGCCUCUGUGGUCUUCUGUCACUACUGUGUAAUGGCAAAUUUUUUCUGGCUCCUGGUGGAGGCACUUUAUCUGAAUUCCCUACUGCUUUCCUCCUUCUAUCACAGCCGUCGGUGUCUGUGGUGCUUCAGUUUGCUGGGAUGGGGUGAGAAACCUUGACAUGCAGCUUCCCCUGAAAUGUGUUUUGAGUGUGUUGAGCUUCAGACUAAACCUUGAGGGUUUGUUUCCACUGUUAGACAUGC